AUGAACAAACCUUCUGUAGAUAAAUCCGUAAAGCUCGACGAGGAUCCGAAUCCCACUUUCUGGGAGAGUGAACCUUAUCUCAAAUCAGAUUUUAAGAACAAAAGGGAAAAUGGAUACAGUUAUUAUGAUGAUGCGACAAUUUUCAGGUAUUUGUUCUACCACUGGUUUGACAAAUGGGCCUUGGCACUCUCAAUAAAGUAUCUAGAGCCUUAUAAGCUACACCCUUUGCAGGCUUCAGACCAGAUUUUAAAGUGGGAACCAACUUUUUCUAAACAUGUUAGCGACGGAUUGGCGCGAUUGGACCUGUACGAGGCCACGAAGUCCAGUAAGAACCCCGUUAAACCAUACAGGUCUCUUCUGCUCCGCGCAAUUCUACUAACGUCGUGGAAAAAGUCGUUCGUUUUGUUUUUUGCACUCGUUGUAGGAAACGUUUUGAGCCUUAGCAUAUCCAUUUUAAUCGAAAAAUUGUUACAUAUCGUAAACAGCCAUUCAAUCCAUGUGGCGAAAACAUUAUUGUUGCUGCUAGCCAUCGUGGGAUUUCAGAUAUUGGACGGACUUCUCCUCGAAAAUGUUAAUUUCUAUGUGUACAGGAUGAUAUACACGUUGCAUUACCUGUACGGCAUCGUCCCUUAUCGACACGCUAUUUCUCACAGGCGCCUGUACUUUAACAAUGUAAAUGGCUCCAACCCGUUGAACACGUGCAACGAGGUACUACACAGCUGUUCGCCAGAGUCACAGUGCCCGAAAAACCCAUUGUUCUGCCCAUCGCUCCGCUAUCAUAACAAGGAAAUGACACCCAAAAUAUUCACGUACGUGUUCUACGACUCGUAUUACAUCGCCAUGGCAUUCGAGUCCACCAAGUUCAUAGUACAAUUCCUCGCGAAUUUCAUAUACGGAGUAUAUCUCCUAUCGAGACACGUCAAGGCUAAUUUAUGGAUGUUGUACCUCACCGGGGCUUUGUUCCUUGUUUUUAUGGUUUUCCUCGAGAUUUUUAACGCAUACAUAUACAAGUUAAUCCUGUUCAUGAGAGAUUAUAAAGUAACGAAGUACACAAAUAUCCUUGGCUCACUAAGUAAUAUUAAGAAGAUGUUGUUAGACGACAUUGGUUUUAAUAUUAUUACUCGGACCAGGAACGACGAGCUUUCGUUAAUUUUUAUUAAGAUUCUAAUCACGUUCAUCAACAUGUGUCUGUACAGCACCUCCAUUAACAUCUCAUUUUACAUUAUUAAAAUGUACUUUGUGAAGUCCGUUAAUGAUGCGGGUGUUGUUACCGAUAUUAACACUGCAGGAUUCAUGACAACGUUUUAUAUAUACACGAGAAUUGUCACCUCAAUGUUUUUAAUUCCGAGGGCCAUAAGCAUUGUCGGAAUGGCAUACGCCUCCUAUAGAAGGUUAAACAAGUAUCUCUCUGGAUGUUCACCUAAUUUCUAUGUCGCUGAUAAUAAAUUUACUGGCUCAGCCAAUGUCAGCUCAAACUUAGCUCAGGUCACUAACGAGCUCCCCAAUGACGUUGUAGUCUACUUCAAGGACGCUUCAUUCACAUGGGUCUACACACGUGAUGACCUUAUUAACAAAAAUUUUGACACACAUUUGAAAAAUAUAAACUUUGAGUUGAAACGGGGCGAAAUAGCCAUUGUCACCGGUUCCAAAGGAUCAGGUAAAUCAAAUUUUAUCAAAUCAAUGCUUGGUGAGAUGACCCUGGUUGGGGGUUCUAUGGCUGUUGUACCAUUACACACAUCAAUGCCCAUAUUUUAUGCCUCACAGGAUAUAUUUCUACAAAAGGGUACUAUUAGAUCCAACAUUGUAUUUGGUCAUCGUUUUGAUGAAUAUUUGUACAACACCGUUUUGAGUGCAGUUGAACUUGAUAACGACAUAUCUACAUGGGAUAAGCGUGACCUUAGGACUGUAUCUGAUAAUGCACUUUCACUUAGUGGCGGUCAACGUGUAAGAAUGGAGUUGGCUCGUGCAGUAUAUGCUUAUUUGGUGUUCCAUCACGUCAACAAACAGUACAACGGCAGCCAGUGUUCGUUCUUGAUGUGUUUGGACGCAUCGUUCCAUGGUCUCGACCCCUACGUGUCCAAAACUAUAUUCAAUAACCUGUUUAACGUUAAAUCCGGCUUACUAGUGAAAGAAGAUUUAUCCGUUGUUUUGACCUCGUCGAAACAGAAUCUGGAUACGUGCACCCAGUCUUGUGACCCAGCCCAAUUCCCAAACGUAGCAAUUUAUAACGUUAAAAACAAGGAGUUGCACUUCUUAUCUAAUCUUAGUGACUUUAUCAAGAACAAGAAGCACGAAGGCGACUUCAAGUAUCUAACGUCUGCUAAAGCCGGCCCUUACACCCUGAGCUGUCUAAACAACGAUAUGCUUACUCUGUGCGCAUCAGGCUCAAAUGCCAGAUCAGGCCGCCCCGAAGUUAUCAAAGAGCUCUACAAAGAGCCAUUUGUAAAAUACGUCAAAGAACACUUCGGAAACGCCAGGUUUAACCCGUAUUUUGUGUUCAUGAAGCCCGCAUUGGUAUCUUUCGCAAUUUACAUAUUACUGACGGUGGCAUUAAAUACCAUGGAUUACGUUAAACUAGUUUUGUCGACCAACUUAUCAGACUACAUCACCAAAAACAUCAACGACCACAACAAGGGGAUCAUAGUCGACCUCGCAGAGAUUAAAUCACGUAGUAAUUCGGCACUGAAAGUGACGAUAAUGUUUGUUUCAGUUAUCAUCACAUUGUCGUUUUUGGCCACAGUAGCACUUACAGCAGGCUCUAUCGUAUCAUGUCGCAAGCUUCACGAGUAUUCCCUCAACGUAAUUUUCAACUACAGUUCAGCCUUAGUUAAAAUAAAGAAGCAAUUUAGUCAAGUUAUCACCUUCCUGUACGGAGACCUUAUGAUGACUGAUGAUAUUACUGGAUUUUGCAUUUCAUUGUUGCUGUUUUCAUUAAUUCAGACUAUCAUAAACAUUUUUACGUUGUUUUACUUGAUUCCCAUCUCCAUACCGUUCAUCCUUCUCACUGUGGUCAUUAUAUACUUUUACAUUUUAAAGAGGUAUAUUCAGACUGCAGUCUAUUUGAACUUUGGGUUCAUGGAAUCGCUCACCCAAAUGAACUCUGUGAUUGAGCGUUCUAUUUCAGGAUGGUCUGUGUACAGAAGCUACAAUAGAAAUUCAGAUUUGCUAGGAAAUUUCCUGGAACACAGGGACUAUAAUGCUAGAACCAAGUUCCUUUUUGCCGCCGCCGUUUCGUGGUCAACAAUAUUGUGUACUUGGAUUUUCUCAUUAACCACAUUCGUUAUACUGGUUCUACCUAUUAUUCUUGACAGGUACACGAAUUACAAGAUGACUGUCGGCUAUUUCGGCCUAGCGCUAUCGCUGUGUACUAACGUGAUCAAGUCGUUCAGCAACUUUUCGUUUAUGUACGCCUGCACUCAAAUGGUCAUCAGCUCUAUUGAUCGGUUUAGAUAUUUCAUUCCUCUGGGUAAAAAACUUAAAUUCGAUAAAAGCCCCAACACUCAUGAAGAAUACCUAGUUAAUCCUGUGAAUAAACAGGUUAGUGACAUGGAUAAGAAACAAUUGUUAAGGAGAAGGGCUAUUGAGUUCAAGGCCGAAAACAAAAAGUUCUAUGUAUUGAGGAAGCUUUUCUUUAGUCCUAAGUUGACUCUUCUUGAUGUUGGUCGCUACCUGUCUCCAGAACAUUCCGGUGUUGAGCUGAAAGAUGUUUGUGUAUAUACUUCUCCUCUUCUCACUCCAGAGAGUAUGAUUUUGAAACACCUCACGGUCACAGCCCAUCGGUCUGAAAUAAUCGGCAUGGUUGGCAGAACAGGUGCUGGUAAGACAACUUUGUUGUCAGUAUUUAAUAACACGGUUUCUAAUAGAGUUGGCCAUGUAUUAUUGGAUGGUAAAGAUUUAAAUGAUAUUCCCAAGGUUGUCCUUCGACAGGUUAUAGGUGUGUUACCACAACUGCCUUUCGUCUUCAAGGGAUGGACCAUUCGUAGAUUCCUCGAUCCCAGAAAGUUGUUCACAGACGAUCAGAUUAACGUAGCAUUGAGCAAAUGUGGACUUUCUGAAUUCGUUAAUGGCCUUCCUGGGGGUAAAAAUUUGGAUACUGUUCUAUCGCCAGAGCAACCUCUUCUAUACUACAAUAAAUCAAAAGCUUUCCAACUCAGAUUGUUGGAAUUUAGGAAAUCCAAGUCCCUCGAAUUGGCUAAAUCUGGAGAUGAUAGUGACAUGUUACUGUCAAACAACCAGCUCAGAACCCUUUCACUGGCCAGAUUAGUUCUAUAUAGGCGUUUUUUUAGAAUAAUUAUUGUAGAUGAGCCUCCCGAGGAAGAUUCCGAAAAAGCAAAUGUCAGAAAGGAUGACCUUUCAGUUGCAAUUUACGAUCUAUUGCCGAAAAACUUUAGCCAUUGUACCACGUUCGUCACAGCACACGAUGUUAACGUAUUAAAAUCUUGUACCUCUGUAUGGGUGAUACAUGAGGGUUGUGUAGUUAAAACUUGUAAAGCCAGUGAUGUAUCAGCAAAUGAGUCAAUUGCACCAAUUAUAGAGCAAUACGUGAAAAGGAUUUAA